GCCCCACUGAACAUGCCAAGGGCACCCCUUGAGACUGGGGGCAGAGAUGGGUUCUGGUACUGGCCCACUGGGCUGACAUUUCUGUUUCAGACCGACCCAGUGAGUUACAGCAGUUUCAGCCUGAAAUAAAGGCCAAUAGAAUGUAGUAAUUGUGUAUAUAGUAAUAUAUAAUAUAGUAGCUGAGUUUAACAAAAGACUCUAGUCCUAUCACAGUCAACCCUUCCCUUGGUUAUAGCUGAGGGUGGGGAGCACCCCAUAAUUCAAAGUUAUGUUGGUGCCCAAACCCCCGCUGGGUGUGAUGGUUUGAUCCCAUUCAGGUUGCACCUCCCGUUACUCAGCGCAGGAAUCUCUCCCCAGCGCGGCCCAGUCUUCCUGAUGGGUGAAAGUCCACUGGCAGCUCUUCCUCUUCUCUCCAGUCAUGUACGGGCCCGCUCUCCUCCUCAUCCUCCUCUCCCUCUGCUGCCCAGGUUGCUGGUGUAACCCAGAGAAACUCUGUAACUUUGUUUGCGAUCAGUGGGAUUGCUCAGAUGAGAAACAUUGUGGGUACCACAAGGAAUCCUCACUGUUGGGAAGAGCCUUCAGCUGUGACUUUGAGCAGGACGACUGUGGUUGGACCGAUGUCAGCACCUCGUCCUACCGGUGGGUCAGAGAGCGCAGAACCUUCUCUAGGUGGGGCACCCGACCCCAUGGGGAUCACACGCUGAGGAACAGAUGGGGUUGGUUUAUGGCCACCGGUGGCCACACGGGGAAAGCCGCAGCCACGGCCAGCCUCCAGUCACCCAUUCUACGUAACGCGGCUGCUACAUGUGAGAUCCACCUCCAUUACCACAUAUGGGCCCCAGAUGCGACGACCAUAAACGGGACCCUCUCCGUGCAACUCACCGAUAAAACGCAAACGUACAAUUUAUGGGUCGGUCCCAAGAGCAGCGUCCUGGGCUGGAGACAAACCGUAAUCUACCCAGGCCGGAUCCGGGGGCAAUUCCAGCUCAUUGUGGUCUCUUCCAGAGACCCCUCAAGCCAAGGGGACAUUGCUAUUGAUGACUUGGAGUUCCGGCACUGUGGCCUCUCAGCUCCACAGUUGGCAUGCCCUGCCGGGUACCACCAGUGCCCACUUGGACCUUGCGUGAUGCCAGAAUCACUCUGUGAUGGGACUGACGACUGUGGAGAUAACUCUGACGAGAGCAAUUGCACUGGGCACCGAUUCUGCAACUUUGAGACGGAUUCCUGCCAGUGGGAUUCAACUGCCCCUAACAGCUGGCACAGGGCAAAUGGCAUCGGCUCCAAGCCAAGUAGAGACCAUACUUCAGCCAAUAGGAAUGGUUACUUUCUGAAGGUGGAGAAUGGUUCCUCAGCGGCGUUGUCUCUCCCCACUCAGCCAAGCAAUGAGCCUUGCUCUGUGGUGCUGUAUUAUCUUAUGGAUGGAUCUGACGGAAACCGCCUGCUGAUCAGUUCCCAGAAGGGCAACGAAGCAAAGAAAGUGUUGGCAGAAAGGCAGGGCCAGAGGGGGCAAGUGUGGCUCCGGGAGAAAGUCACCCUCCAGCUGCCGGACCCAGAACAUACAAUUAUCAUUGAGGGAAUGGCUGGGCCGGACUCUGUGGUUGCUUUGGAUGAUCUGAUCUUCUCUCCGGGGUGCAAACUAGUAGGGCCCCCCCCGGCCAUGGUGGAAACUCCAAGACUCCUGAGCCCUCAAGCCAAACCCUUUAACCAGGAGAAAGAGACCUGCCGUGAUGCCUCAGGGUUCCUGUUUAAUAACAACGCGGCUAAUUGGACAGACCUGAGCAUUGGGAAACUAAAGUGGGGGGCAGACAAUGGGGCGCUGCCUGGAGGAGACACUAGAAAAUAUCUGGGGGUGCAGCAGGCACAAGGAAACCUUCUGGUUGGGGCAGAAACUCGGAGUCCGACUUUGUGCGCCGUGGGACCCACUUGUGCCGUCAAAAUGACCUAUUACUUCAACAGUGGCCCUGCAGGGUCCCUAUCCCUGAGCUUGUGGGAUCCUGAAUCGGGGGCCCACUCCCACAUCUGGGGGAGCCAGGGGGAGUCCAGACCAGAAUGGAGGUCCGUCGUGAUCCCAGUCGGGGAACGGAAGCAGCAGUUCCAGCUGGUGUUGGUGGGCUCUGUGGAACCCCUGCCCGGGGGGGACUGGGGCGCAGCGGUGGAGGAAAUUCAGUUUAUAGACUGUGGAAUCAAACAACUGACGGUAGAUGAAGCUCCCGUAACGUGUAACUUUGAGUCGGGCACGUGUGGCUGGUACCAGGACCCGACGGACGAUAUGGACUGGAUAAUGGGGGCACAGGGGGACCACACCACAGGCAAAGGUAACUUCAUCUAUGUGGAUGGGGGUUCCCGCACAGACCGGGGUAUGAAGGCACGACUCCUCACAUACGCCCAGUCUUCUGCCGGAGACUCCCAGUGCCUCUCCUUCUACUACCGGGUGUGGGGCCCGGACGCAGGCACUUUGAUCUUGUCGAGUAUCAUUGAUGGGAAGGAGACUCUGCUCUGGACCGGCACCGGAACCCAUGGGAACAGGUGGCACCACGAAUCCGUCACCCUCACUAUCCCGACUGCAGGGAAAUACCAGCUGGCGUUGGACGCUGUGCGUGACGGCUCCGUAGGAAACAUGGCGGUGGAUGACAUCACGCUGAGGCCGGGCGCUUGUGCUGCCCCAACCAGAUGCACUUUUGAGGCCGGUACCUGCCGCUUCAAAUCCGAGGGGCAAUAUAGGUGGAAACUGAAUCAGAACCAGAACGCCAACCCUUCCGGCCCCCAGCCUGGUCCGUUCUUCGACCACACCCUACAGAGUAUUGCAGGGCAUUACAUGGUGGUUGAUACUAGUUCCACCGCUCUGCCAAGGAGGGCAUCUGCUGUGCUGACCUCCGACACGUACGGCGCGCUGCCUGCCCCGGGUUGUGUCAGUUUCUGGUCUCAGUUUGGAGGCGACCAAUCAGGGACCCUGAAUGUCUAUGUUGUGGAGGGGAAGAAGAAAGAGAUGCGGAAGCUCCUGAGUGCAAGUAGAACCCACGGAGAUAACUGGGCCUACAGGAGCGCGACCAUUCACCCGGGGGGGACGUGGGAGCUCAGGUUUGAAGCUGUUGGAGCAGGAGGAGAUCGGGGUCACGUCGCUCUGGAUGAUAUUCAUAUAAGUCACCACCCCUGUCAUGAACCAGCCGCGUGUGACUUCGAGUCAGGGUUCUGUGCCUGGUCCAAUGUUCGGUUCCCACUAGUGGACACAUACGACUGGGAUUCUACCAAUGGGGCGGGACAAUUUUUGAAGAAAACUGCCAUCAAUGAAGACCACACGCUGGGCACCAAGGAGGGGCAUUACGCCUUCGUGGAUACCGGAUCCCUACACACAGAGGGGAGUUCUGCCUGGCUAACGAGUGAGCAACUCCCGGCAACCAGCGGCUCGUGCUUCAGCUUCUGGUACCGGACCGACGCCGGCGACCAUUACCAUGCGGGGGAGCUGGUUCUGUUUAUGAGCAGCGCUCAGGGCCUGCGGCCCGUUUGGGUUCUACACGGGCAGCACAGCAACGCUUGGCAGGAACAGCAACUCCAAUUGGACAGCACAGUCGACUUUCAGUUUGUUUUCGAGGCUUCCAAGGGCUCCCGGCCGCACUCGGCUACGGUGGCACUCGAUGAUCUGAAGUACGUAACGGGCAGGUCAUGUGACGCCAAACAGGAACAGGAAGGAGAACACGGGAGAGGGGGCAAAACCAACGCUGGAACGAUCCUGGCAGUGCUCCUCGGGGUGCUCCUGGGGCUCCUGUGCGGGGCAAUCGGGUACCUCAUCUAUCGGAAGAGGAAGAAGAACCAGGCAGGGGCCCCCAGCGGUUUCGGCCCCGGUGACGGAGUGGAAGGGUUUGACAACGUGGCCUUCGAAGACGGCAGCGCAUCAUCAUAGGAGGAAAGUAUGGCGGCGGUUCUGUUAAAAGUUGGACUUGACCUAUAGAAUACAAGCACCGGGAACAGAGAGAGGGGUUUCUGAACUACAGCUCCCAGCACCACCAAUCAGUGACCAUUUCACAGAAACAGGAGGGCAGCUCAGCGUUGCUUCCAGCCACCACCCUGGCAACGCAAUAUCUAUUGGGCCAAUGCAGUGAACUCCAUACAGAGCUUUCAGCCAAUGAAAUGGACUAGUGAAUGGCUUCCUACUGGCUGGUUCCAGAGUGCUAUCUGCCCAAAGUUGGUCAAGCAACUGUCCAGAGGGACCAAGUUGGCCGUUAUAUCGCUAUGAGCUUUAGUCUGGGGGUCAUUUUUCAACACUAGGCAAUAACCCAUAGCAACCAACCAAAUUGUUGCUUUCAUUGUUCUACCUGCAGCUGCCUGAGAAAUGCCAAUCACUCAUAGGUUGCUAUGGGUUACUGCCCAUAGUUACUGGGUAAAUUUGCCUGGUAUUGAUAAAUGUGGCCCAGAGGUUUUUUCUCCCCCAGAAAUCACUUCUGUACCGCAGGGAGUUAAAUAAAAUCCUAGUGGGA